AUUUAAAACAAAAAAGAAAACAAACUUUCAAGGCUUUGACAAAAUUCGAUAACUUGACGAAAACAGAAGUGUAGGGGUCGAAAAAAACGUAAAAAAUUAACUCGGAUUAACAAACAAAUUUUUAGUUGCUCUAAGAAUUUGUUAAAUUACUUUUAUUUUAUCAGGAUUUUGUUAAUAUAAUUAACAAUUGUAAACGUAGACUGCUAAGUUAAUGAUAACAUAACGAGACGAGCGACGAAAUAUCUUGCAAUGAUGUAGAAUAAUGAGAAGUGGUUACGAGUGGUGUAGUGCGGGAUUUUUGUUUAUAUCAUAACAAAAAAAAAAUACGACCCGCAGUUCUAAAGUUUAAACAAGGUGCCGGGGAGUGCGCAUGCCUCGUAAAUCACGCGGUGAGCUAGUGAUGCGCACGCAGCUGAUUUCGGCACUCGUAUCUCACGUAACUUACGCACGCCUCGUGUAUUCGUGUGGGUUUUAAUGGGCGCCGGAGCAGGCACAUCGCGUCCGUCGCGUUAAGUAUUCUCAAUCAAUUCGCUAUUGGCAGCUAGCGAUCCGGUGAUCUGGUGACUGGCCGUCAACCAAUCAUGAUCAAACUGAAUCCUCUAUCAAAAUACGUUUGUGAAUUGCACAGCGUUGAUUGACACGUCGUAUGUGUAUAGUAUCAUAUGCAGUGCUGUUACGACCUUUGGCACGACGUCAGGUGCGAGUAUGUGAUACGUUAUACGACGCACACACAUUCGUGCGAGACACGUACGCACAUGUCGAGUUUCGAUAAAUGAAAUCGGUCAAAUUUGCGGAACAGAUGAUGAAAUUUACGAAGUUGGAAUACGACGACACAAUACCUACUCAUAAGGAAACUCUCCUUGUCGCAUGCCGUACUACAGUUCUACGAUAUAUCCCCCCGUUUCACAAAAUGUAUUCCGUAACGGAAGGAACAGCUUCUCGAAGGGUCAGGGUGAGCUGUUUAUCAAUUAAAAAUGGGACCUCACAGCUGUAAAGAUUGCUUACACGCUAGGAUUAUGGCGUCCAAUGGAUACCCUACCGCUGGUUCAGCUGCAAAGCCCCUGGUACACCACUCACCACCCUGUGAGUCAGUGAAUUCCGGGGACGUCCAACCUUAUUGUUUUAUACGUCAUUUACAGCAAUGCCGUGGUUUGGGAUGGAUAUUGGUGGAACCUUGUCUAAAUUAGUGUACUUUGAACCUAAGGAUAGAACCAGGGACGAAGCUGAUGCUGAAGUAGAAACCUUGAAAAAUAUUCGACGAUAUCUUGUUAAAAAUUCAUCUUAUGGAAAAACUGGCCAUCGAGAUACCCACUUGCAGAUGGAUAAUGUCAGCAUAAGGGGUAGACGGGGUACUUUACAUUUCAUAAGAUUUCCCACUAGUGAAAUGGGAAACUUUCUAGCACUAGCCAAAUCAAAAGGAAUGGCUAAUCUGGUUACGACAGUCUGUGCUACUGGCGGAGGUGCUUUCAAAUUUGAAGAAAAUUUUAAACGGGAAGUUAAUAUGAGUUUAGCCAAGUUUGAUGAGCUAGAUAGUCUGAUAAGGGGUAUGUUGUACAUCGAAACAACAAAUCCCCAUGAAUGCUACUACUGGUUACAUCCGACAUGUGACAUUAGGUGUCGAAAAGUACCUUUCGACUUUUCUGAACCUUAUCCAUUUUUGGUUGUUAACGUUGGAUCUGGUGUGAGUGUAUUAGCAGUUUAUGGUCCCAAUAGUUAUAAAAGGAUAUCAGGAACAAGCUUAGGUGGUGGCACGUUUUUGGGUCUGUGCUGUUUACUCACUGGAUGUAACACGUUUGAAGAGGCUAUCGAUCUUGCAACUGGAGGAGAUAACACGAGAGUAGACAAAUUAAUUAAAGACAUCUAUGGUGGAGAUUACGACCGUUUUGGACUCCCGGGAGAUUUAGUUGCCAGCAGUUUUCUCGGUGUGUACAGUUUCGGGCAGAUGAAUUCCAAGGAACGACGAAAUGCUGUCUCCAAAGAAGAUCUUGCGCGCGCCACGCUUGUAACAAUUACCAACAACAUCGGCUCGAUCGCCCGCAUGUGUGCUGUCAAUGAAAAAAUUGAUAGGGUUGUAUUUGUUGGUAAUUUUUUGAGGGUAAACCCAAUCUCGAUGAAACUGUUAGCAUCUGCUAUGGAUUAUUGGUCAAAGGAUACCAUGAAGGCGUUGUUUUUAGAACAUGAGGGAUACUUCGGAGCAGUUGGUUGUUUAUUACAAUUUAAUGGCAAUACAAGUUAAUCAUGUCCUCCGGUCCGUGCCGUUACGUAAAGCAUUCCCGUGAAGAUCGAAUCUUGAUAACUGUCGCGUCUGGUCGCAUGUUAACGAAGAUUUGUAGAUGAUUUCUAUUUAUCGAAUUUAGCCUUUUAAUAAUAAUCUAAAGUCCGUAAGCAGAAAUCAGUAUUUUACUAUUAUUUAUUUUUGUUAUCGUUCUUACUUUAUUUUAGGGCUCUCUACACGUUCACGAAUAUGUAUAUAUGUAUAAUAUAUGCGCAAAUUGAGUAAAGAAAAACGUGCCACGCUAUUCGAUUCGCAGUCACAGCUCAUUGUUGACUUAUCACAAAACUAGCAGAUUUCAUAUAAUUAUUAAUAAUACAGUCUGUGGUUUCGAAUCAAUGGCUGCGCUUUCCUUUGUUCAUUCUGUACACGUAUCAAGUUUAUAUUAUACAAUCGUAUUGGAUAAAAUUUUCAACAUGUAUUCAUAAAAGAGAUAAAAAAAAAAAAAAAAAAACCAUCAUAGAACGUCCAAGGCUCAGGGCACAAA